CCACCUUUCUCCCUCCCCAUCUGGCCCGCGUUGACUCUACUCCAACCCAUCAGCGACAGCCGCCCAUCAUGUCGUACUUUAUGACUCACCUGCACUCUGGAUGGCAUGUUGAUCAAUCCAUACUAGUGGAAGAAGAUAGAGUAGUUGUCAUUCGUUUCGGACACGACCACGAUUCAGAUUGUAUGGCAAUGGAUGAGACUUUAUAUGGGGUCAGCGAGAAGGUUCAAAAUUUCGCUGUUAUCUAUCUGGUGGAUAUCACAGAAGUACCCGAUUUCAACAAGAUGUACGAAUUGUAUGAUCCUUGUACCGUCAUGUUCUUCUACCGAAACAAACACAUCAUGAUUGAUCUCGGAACCGGUAAUAACAAUAAAAUAAACUGGGCCAUAACGGAGAAACAAGAAAUGAUCGACAUCAUCGAAACCGUGUAUCGGGGAGCAUCAAAGGGGAGAGGUCUGGUCGUUUCUCCCAAAGAUUACUCCACUCGACACAAAUAUUAAUCCAAUUCUCUUUUCUCAUCCAUCUGUAAGCACCAUAAACUAUGCAUAUAUCAUCUUUUCAUG